AUCAUCAGAACGUUCGAUUCGAACGAUUACAUUCCAUUUAAAAUUUGUUUGAAUAUGGGAAGUAGUUUGAAAAAGACCAUAAACCAACAAAAAAAUAAUGCAAUCGACGAGCGAGUGAUUCUCCAUAUAUAUUAAUUAUUUGACCCAUGUUGGUUACAUCGAAUAACAAUAGUUUCCUUUCUUGACCCAAAAAAAAACUAUAUAUUAUAUUCUUAUAAAUCCAGCGAAAAAGAAAGAAAAACAAAACAAGUCAUAUCCAACUUCAAUCGAUGGGAAGAAUUACGAGUUUUGCAGAUCUAAUGGGUAUGAUCAAAGACAAAGCUUCUCAAGGCAAAGCUGCUUUAGUUUCAUCACACACUAAAAGCAAAACUGUUUCUUUUCAUCUCUCUGUCCUCCGUGCCACUACUCAUGACCCUUCAACGCCGCCGGGAAAUCGUCACCUCGCUGUUCUUCUCUCCGCCGGUACUGGCUCACGAGCCACCGCUGCUUCAGCUGUCGAAUCUAUAAUGGAACGUCUUCACACAACCAGAGAUGCUUGCGUAGCUCUCAAAUCUUUGAUCAUUAUCCAUCACAUCGUCAAACACGGUCGUUUCAUACUCCAAGAUCAGCUCUCUGUUUUUCCGGCUUCCGGUGGCCGGAAUUAUCUGAAACUUUCUGGUUUUAGAGAUGAGAAAUCUCCUUUGAUGUGGGAGCUUUCUUCUUGGGUCCGAUGGUACGCUUUAUAUCUUGAGCAUCUAUUAUCAACUUCAAGAAUCAUGGGAUUUUUCAUAUCUUCGACAUCGAGCACAAUUCACAAAGAGGAAUACGAAGAAAUGGUUUCUUCUCUUACCAACUCUGACUUGCUUCGUGAGAUCGAUGCGCUCGUUGGUCUACUAGAAGAAGCAUGUAAAAUUCCGGAUCUACCCUUCUCCGGUGGCAAAUCUCUUGCAGACAAAAUCACCCAUUUGGUCGGAGAAGACUACGUGUCUUCGAUCAACGAGCUUUACACGAGACUCAACGAGUUUAAAGAACGAUCCAACACUUUGAGCUUUGGAGAUAUGAUUGAGCUUGUCUGUGCUUUGAAGCGGCUCGAGAGUUGUAAAGAGAGAUUGUCUGAAAUCUGCCAUGGGAACUGGAAGAGAGGUUGGAUCGAUGGGUUCUGGGGUUUGGUUCUGGAGGUCAAGGGUAUAAUUGGUAAUUUAGAGGAUAACUAUGGGCAGAUUGAGAAAUCGAUUGUUGGGUUUGGGACGAGAGAAAAACGAUACGAAUCGGCUCGGUUUACCGAUCGAUUAAUUAUCGGUUAUGGUGAUGCUGUUCGGUUUUCUUCAGGUAGAUUUUCGAGUGUUGAUCGGUUUAAUUUCCCGGUUUCUGGUGGACGACUUUGAUCGUCUUGUGAAUUUUUAUUUUUUGGUCAGAUGUCUUGUGAAUUUUACAAGACAAUCUUAAAUGAGGAAAAAAAGUCCUAAACUUGAGAUUUUACUUCCA